GUGGCGCUGAAUGCAGUACUCUCGUGGCGCCGCCUGGCCAUUGCCGGCUGCCUAUUCGGACGGACAUCGAAGGAAAUACGUCGCUGGUUUCUGCCAUAGCAAAAUGGCAACGGGCGACCACGGCCCCGUAGGAACUCUUUCCCGACGUACGGUCGGUUUCUCCGAUGCCCUGGACUGGAGGCCACUGCUCUUCGUAGAGCCAGUCAUCGCGGAGAGAGCUUGCGCCCUGUGUGGUGUGCUGUGCAGGAAAGCGGUCAGACUGUGGUGUGCGCAUACCGUCUGCUCCGACUGCUAUGCGGAGUGCGUUGAGCGAGGAGGCACCUGUCCCCUCGAUCAGGAGCCAUUCUGCGAGGACGACCUGGAUCGACUGGAGUGCUCCGCCGGCUACAUCAUGAAGCGCAGGGUGGCCUGCUGGAAUUUGCCUAGUGGCUGCAACUUCAUUGGCCCCGUGUCAAGCCUCCUGGAUCACUUCAAGCAAUGCACCUUCCACACUGUGUCUUGCCCUCAGUGUAGCUGCUCUGUGGUGCGGAGCAACAUUGUGAGGCACUGCAAAGAAGGCUGCAGCAUAGCUCCAACCAUGGAUACAGUUGCCAACAUCUCCCUCAACCCUGAUCACGGCAGCAUUGAACAGGCACGCAAUGAACUUAAAGAAUCCCUGGGGAAGAUUUCUGUAGACCUGACGUUCCUGCAGAGCAGCCUAAACCAGUGCUCUGAAGACAUCCGAGCAACAGGUACAAGCUGCAAAGACCUGCUGGAAGACCAGUUUUCCAAGCUUAAUGACCUCAAUGCACUCAUCACAGCUGGCUUUACCGAAAAACAGCAGGCACUUCAGAUUGUUGAUGCUAAUGUGGUCGCUGCUUUGGUCACAGCUGGCACCAGCAACCGAGACCUUAUUGUUAAGGAACUGCAUGCACAGAGCGACCAGCUGAUCGCAUCCACUUAUGCAAGCUGCAAACAGCUGCUGGAAGAUCAGGCUAACAGGUUUGGGGAUUUGACAGCGCUCUGCACAGCCGGCUUCAGCGAAGAACAGAGAGCACUCCAGAGGGUUGUGGCGGAUGUGGAAACCACUGUCAGCACCAACAGAAACAUCAUGACGAAGGAGCUGCGUGAGCAGAGCAACCAGCUGAUGCCAGCCAGAGGAGGGAUGUCCCAGAAACAGAUAUGCAUUUCUACGGAAAUGACAUGUCGCUGGGAUUUCGGGGAUUGGGCAUCCAGGAAAGCGGUAGGGGGAUCGCAGUAUGGCAGUGGAUCCUUUGAGAGCACCUCAUGUAAAAAUAGUGGGGACAUUGAUGUCAUUUGUGACGUCAGAAUCUAUCCUGAUGGCAGUGAUCGAGAGGUUGAUUGGCCCUUCAAUAAGUCAUUGGUAUUUGGAAUUAACCAUCCCACAGACGGGUCAAAAAGUAUUACUAACAAAAUUGGGGCUUAUGGGAACAAACGUUCUUCCUUGAAGCCUCUCUGCACUGUAAAAGAACUUGAUGAAGGAAUGUUUGUUUCCUUCAAUACACUGCAGUUGUUCUUACAGGUUCUGUCAUAG